UGUACUUAUUAUGGAUCGAAGUUUGAUAAAUUUAAGAGCUUCUAGUGAAUAUUUUGAUGGUGUUGCUAACUUUAUCGAAAUUACAACUAAUUAUUUAGACGAAGAGGGAAAAACAAGAUAUCCUUGUUCAAAUUGUGUGAACAUCAAUUGGAAUAUACUAGAUGUCAUAGAAUGUCAUUUUUAUAAAUAUAGUAUGUUCUCAACUUGUAGUCGAUGGAUAUUUCAUAGAGAUACAGUUGAUCUUUCUCCAUUUUUUAAAUCUAAUUCCAGGUUUUUAGGUGUAACAUUUUCCAAUUUAAGUAAAUUUAGAGAAGAGAAUGCAAAUCUUAGAAAAAACAGUGGAUUUGGAGAUACUAUGGAUGAUAAGAUGCUAGAGAUGAUUCAUGAUCUACAUGGUCCAAUGUUUGAAGAAACUAAAAGAGAAUCAACCGAGCAAGAUGAGUCUGAUAGAAUAAGUGAUGCUCGAAAUGUCAAAUUAGCACUUGCUUCUGAUGGGUUUAAUUCAUUUGGAAACAUGAGCACAUCAUACAGCAUAUGGCAAGUUAUACUCAUUCCAUACAACUUGCCUCCUUGGAACUGUAUGAAAGCACCAUUCACUUUUCUAUCUUUACUCAUCCCUGGUUCAAGUUCUCCUAGUAAAGAAAUUAAUAUUUACUUACAACCAUUGAUAGAUGAGGUAAAUGAGUUGUGGGUGGAUGGUAUUCAAACAUAUGAUAGUUUCCGUGCUUCUUUCUUCCAACUCCAUGUUGCACUAUUGUGGAAAUAAAUGAUUUUCCAGCUUAUGGUGAUUUAUCUAGUUGGAGGACAAAAGGUUAUAAAGCAUGCCCGAUUUGCAAUGUUGAUAUAAGCUCAAUGGGACUAAAGAGCAAAAUUUGGCAUAUGGAACAUCGUCGAUAUCUACCUUUAACACAUGCAUUACGUAAAAGUAGGCAGCAUGAUGGAAAAAAAGAAAUGCGAGCAGCUCCGAAUAUUUUAUCUAGACAAGAUAUUAUAAAUCAAAUGAAUUUUAUAAGUUUUCCAAUGUUGACCAAAAAUCCUACAAGACGUGAUAUCAAAUGAAAAAGGACAAUUUGUGAGCACAAUUGGACUAAAAGAAGUUUUUUUUCAAUUUUCCUUACUGAAAAAAUCAUAAACUACAUUAUAAAUUUGAUGUGAUGCAUAUUGAGAAAAAUAUUUGUGAUAACUUGGUGGGUACUAUAUUGAACAUCGAUGGAAAAAAUAUAGCACCAUUAAAGCGCGUGAGGAUCUAGCUAACUUGAAAAUAAGAAAUGAACAUCACAUAUAAGAGACUGGAAAUAGACAUGUAAAGCCUCCAUGCUUCCUACAUGUUAACUACUGCUAAAAAAGUAGACUUUUGUAAGUUCUUGAAGUCUAUGAAGUUUCCAUAUGGUUUUGCAUCCAACAAAUAUCAUUAUGUUAAUUUGAAAGAGGGGAAAAUAUAUAGUUUAAAGAGCCAUGAUUGACAUCUUUUAUUACAAAAACUUCUCCCAAUCGGCAUUUGACCUUAUAUACGUAAGGACAUUUCUACUACUAUAUCGAAGUUGUCAAAUUUCUUCCAUGCUUUAUGUUAAAAAAAAAUUGAGCAUAUCAAAACUAGACAAAAUGCAAGAUGAUAUAGUACUCAUCUUAUGUUAGUUGGAAAAGAUCUUCCCGCCAGCUUUUUUGGCAUGAUGGUCCACUUAGCUGUCCAUUUGCCAAGAGAAGCAAGAAUUGUUGGACCUAUUGGAUAUAGAUGGAUGUAUCCAAUUGAAAGGAGUUUGCGGUAUUUGAAGCAAUAUGUUAGAAACAAAGCUCGAUCUAAGGGUUCAAUUGCAGAAGCUUAUGUCAUAAAUGAAUCCUUGAACUUUUGUUUUAUGUAUUUACGUGGCAUUGAAACAAGGUUUAAUAGAGGGGAUUGAAAUAAUGAUAACAUUGAUGAUGAGGAAAUCAACAAUUAUGGUCUAUCAAUUUUCUUUCAACACAUAAGAUGGUUAGGCGAGGCCCUAUUUUGACAACUAACCCCUGAUGAGUUAGAGAAAUCACAUUGGUAUAUUAUAAACAAUUGUGAUGAAGUGGAA